AUGUCUCCGAAGCACUGGCUUAUGAAGGCCGAGCCCGACUCGCGCGUCGUCAAGGGCAAGGACGUGAAGUUCAGCGUCGACGACUUCGAGGAGUGCAAGACCACACCAUGGGAGGGGGUGCGGAACGCUGAGGCCCGGAACCUGAUGAAGGAGAUGAGGGUUGGUGACAAAGUCCUGUUCUAUCACUCCAAUUGCAAGAAACCUGGCAUCGCCGCGUUUGCAGAAGUUUCGAAGGAAGCGUAUCCAGAUUACACGGCCUGGGACCCUUCGCACCCAUACUAUGACGCCAAAUCGGACAAAGAGAACCCCAAGUGGUACAUGGUCGAGGUCACUUUCAAGGCUCGCGCAUCGCACUUUGUCCCUCUCUCAUUCUUCAAGAGCGUAGCGGCAUCGGCUGAUGUGCCAGAGAAUGUCGCCUACAUUGAACAAAAAGGCUCUGACGCCAUUAAAGCCAUGGCCCUCAUCAAUAGAGGCCGUCUUAGCGUGCAAAGAGUGGAGGAGGAUACUUAUAACGUCAUCGAACAGCUCGCCAACCAGGGAGGAUGGGAAAACGUGGAUGGAAGUACUAGUCAGGCCAAGGCCAAGGGCAAAGAGGGUCGGACAAAGGCCAAACCCAAGAGCGAGAACCAAGCUGCUGAGUAUGAUGACGAAAGGGUGGAUGGAAGUGGCGAAGAUGAGCCUGCUCCCAGGAAACCCGCUCGGAGCAAGAGGAAGGUCCACGAAGUCGACGGGGAUUCUGCCGCUCUACGGCGGUCGACGCGAGUACGCAAGUGA